ACGGCAUUCACACUGUUUUAUGGUAUCAGAGCUACAAAUUAGGGCAUCAAAUGGAUUAGCUUCUCCUAGGUUUUCCGCCGUCUAGGUUUCCUCUUUUCUUCUAUAGUUUCUUUGUGUCUUGUGUUCAUGGUGUCUUCUUCAGCCCUUACCACUACCACUACUCCAGUGAUCUCUUCUUAAUCAACACUUCCCAUUAUCCAUGUCCUUAAUCCUGUCAUACCAAAUACAAAUUCCUCAAUUUUUACUCAUCUUGUGUUCUCAGUCUCAAAUAUUAAACAUCUUGUCCUUGAAACAUUGACCCAUCAAAACUUUAUGCUUUGGAAAGAACUCAUGAUUCCUGUUCUUCGCAGCAAAGGAGUUUAUGGACAUGUUGACGGAUUCGAUCCGUGCCCAUCACCUAUGGAUUCCACUUUUGAGCAAUGGCACCAGAUAGACUGUCAAGUUCUCUCCUGGAUUCAAUCUACUAUUGCUUUUGAGGUUCUUCAAAUGAUUAUUCAACCAGGAAGAUCACUUACUGUAAAGCAAGCAUGGGAUGCGAUUCAAGAAUCUCACCAAGACCAACUUGUUGCUCAGUCCAUGUUAUAUCGUCAGGAGUUCAUGGCGUUAAAGAAAGAACCAGAACAAUCUAUGAUCUCAUAUCUUCAACGUGCCAAGACUACUUCCGAUCGAUUAUUUGGAAUUGGUGAAUCUGUUUCUGAUCGAGAUCUAGUUUUGCAUACUUUGGCUAGACUUGAUUCUGCUUAUACUGUUUCUAAACGCACUAUACCUCAAAGGGUGCCCUUUCCUUCUUUUAAUCAACUUCGUUCCCUGUUGUUGAUUGAGGAAGCUACUGUGUUGCGUGAAUCUGGACAAGCCAUGGCUGCAGCUCCCUUUUCAUCUCCACAAGUCUUGUUGUCUUCUACCUCAUCACAACAACAAAGAGAUUUUAAUUACUCUCCUCGACCUCCAAACAGAAACAAUAAUUGUGGUCGGAAUAAUUUUUGGGGUAGAGGCGGAGGUCGGUAUUCUGGUGCAAGAUUUAAUGGACAACAACAAAUGAAUUGUGGUGGAGGACGGUUUCACAACCAACAAAAUUAUCAUCCUCGGCCAGAUUAUUCAUCACCUCGACCACUCACCUCUCAUGGCUAUUGAUCUUCAAGUUCUGGUCCUGCUACAAGAUUUUCAUGGGAUAAUACUACUCUCCCUCAUUUGCUGCCUACACAUGUGAUUUGUCAAUGGUGUCUUCAACCAAACCAUCAAGCUCGUGAUUGUCCCUCUAUACCUCGUACUUCAUAGUAGCUUUCUUAUCCUCAGACCUUCAUAGCUGAUAAUGCUUCCACUGUCAGUGGUGAUCUUAGCUGUUAUUUUGACUUUGGUGCUGCAGUUCAUGUCUUAAAAAAUUCAGGUCAUUUAU